AUGGGCGGCGCACAGAUCACAAUUCCCAACCCCCCUCCUCUACCAUCCCACCUCCCGGACAAUGUUCUCAACCUGGCAGUCCAAAUUGAGCGCCAGAACCUCCCAGACAAUGUCCGCGAGUCGCUGCGCGCAUUCCAGCGUGCAGGAUGCUACAUUGCCGCCUCCAUGAUCUUCCUGCGCGACAACGUCCUCCUCCAAGACAAACUCCAAGUUUCGCACAUCAAGCCCCGACUCCUCGGUCAUUGGGGAACAUGCCCCGGCCUCAUCCUGGUCUGGUCGCAUCUCAACGUUUUGAUCCGCAACCAUGACCUUGACAUGAUUUACCUUAUCGGCCCCGGCCACGGCGCCCCUGCCGCCCUCGCCUCUCUAUGGCUCGAAGGCUCCCUUGAGCGCUUCUACCCUGGCGAAUACGACCGCAACGCUACUGGCUUGCGCAACCUCAUCACCCGUUUCUCCGUCCCCGGCGGUUUCCCUAGCCACAUCAACGCUGAGACCCCAGGUGCGAUCCAUGAGGGUGGUGAGCUCGGAUAUGCCCUUUCUGUCUCGUUCGGCGCCGUCAUGGAUAACCCCGAUUUGAUCGUCACUUGUGUGGUAGGCGAUGGUGAGGCGGAGACUGGCCCGACAGCAACAGCCUGGCAUGCUAUCAAGUACAUCGACCCCAAGGAGUCAGGUGCCGUCAUCCCCAUUCUGCAUGUCAACGGCUUCAAGAUCAGCGAGCGCACCAUUUUUGGGUGCAUGGACGACAAGGAGAUCGCCUGCUUGUUUAGUGGCUACGGAUACCAGGUGCGCAUUGUGGAAGACCUGGAGAACAUUGAUGACGACUUGCAAAGCUCCCUGGAAUGGGCUCUAGCCGAGAUCAAGAAGAUCCAGAAGGCUGCGCGAGAGGACAACAAGCCCAUUAUAAAGCCGAGAUGGCCAAUGAUUGUCCUCAGAACGCCCAAGGGAUGGACGGGUCCUAAAGAGGUGGAGGGCCAAAUCAUCGAAGGAUCCUUCCACUCCCAUCAAGUCCCCCUUCCCAAGGCUGGUAGUGAUGAGAAGCAACUCCAGGCUCUAGACGAGUGGCUUUCCAGCUACAGGAUCAGCGAGCUCCUUGAUGAUGAGGGCAAGCCUACUGAGGCCAUCACUCGUGUCUUGCCCAAGCCAGAGAAGCGGCUCGGUCAACUCAAGAUCACAUAUGACCCAUACAUUCCUCUGAAACUGAUUGACUGGAAGCAGUUUGGCGUUGAAAAGGGCAUCGACGAAAGCUGCAUGAAGAGUGCCGGCAAGUUCCUCGACAAGUUGUUCCAAGAGAACCCCAAAACCCUCCGGCUAUUCUCCCCUGACGAGCUCGAGUCGAACAAGCUCAACGCCAUCCUUGAUCACACACAGCGCGACUUUCAGUGGGACGAGUUCUCAAGGGCACAUGGCGGCCGCGUCAUCGAGGUUCUCUCCGAGCACAAUUGCCAGGGCUUCAUGCAAGGAUACACUCUCACAGGCCGCACCGCCCUCUUCCCCUCCUAUGAGUCCUUCCUGGGUAUCGUCCACACCAUGAUGGUGCAAUACUCCAAGUUCGUCAAGAUCGCGCGUGAAGUACCCUGGCGUGGCGACCUGGCCUCCAUUAACUACAUCGAGACUUCAACCUGGGCGCGUCAAGAACACAACGGUUUCUCGCACCAGAACCCCUCCUUUAUCGGCGCCGUCCUCAACCUGAAGGCCGAGGCCGCUCGCGUUUACCUCCCGCCCGACGCCAACUGCUUCCUCAGCACCGUACAUCACGUCAUGGACAGCAAGAACAAGACCAACCUCAUCAUCGGCUCCAAGCAGCCCACGGCCGUCUACCUCUCUCCCGCCGAAGCAGCCGAGCACUGUCGCCAGGGUGCCUCUAUCUGGCAUUUCGCCUCUUCACCCGACCCCAACUCAUCCGCAGGAAAGUCGGUACAAGAACCAGAUGUAGUCCUGGUCGGCAUCGGCGUCGAAGUCACCUUUGAAGUGAUCAAAGCCGCUGAACUCUUGCGCUCUAUUGCGCCCACCCUCAAGAUCCGCGUCGUCAAUGUGACGGAUCUGAUGAUUCUCAUCGAAGAGUCCAAGCACCCGCAUGCCCUGGCCAAGUCCAAGUUCAUCGAAAUGUUCACCGCCGACAGACCGGUGUUGUUCAACUACCAUGGUUACCCGACGGAACUGCAGGGUCUCUUGUUUGGGAGGGAAAAGGCGGAGCGCAUGGACGUCGAAGGUUACCAAGAAGAGGGAAGCACGACCACACCGUUUGAUAUGAUGUUGAGGAAUCGGGUCAGUCGGUUUGAUGUGGCGAGUUGGGCGCUGAAGAGGGGCGCGGAGAGGAAUGCGGAGGUGAAGAAGGAUUUGGAAGGGCUGUUGGGUGACGUGGAUAGGAGGGUGAAGGAGGUUCGGGAGUUUAUUGGGAAUGAAGGGAAGGAUCCCGAUGAUAUCUACCAACUGCCCAAGUUCGAGUAG